AUAGCAGCCGCAGAAACACAAUGCUUAUUUCGAUAAAAUGGCUACUCUUACUAACUCUAACGGGCGUACACGCGCAAGAACCACGGAAGAGAGCUUCGAAUGAUCGAUUCACGUAUGAAGAACCGAUCGUCUUGGAACAGGAAGACGACGUGUCGUGUUCGGGUGGAGGAUGUGUUAAAAGAUCACCUGGACAAGAUGAGUUUGGGCCCUUUUGGGCUAACAGGGGGAAGAAGGACCCUACUUAUUCUAGAAGUAAGUUGUACGCGGAGGAACCACACUGGAUUCUGGUGCGACGAGACGAUAAAGAUGUAAAUGACAACGAACCUUUUUAUGUUGCAAGAGGGAAAAAAAGUUUUUCUGAGAGUAAUUCCAAGAAUAUUGCUGCCCAGUUCUGGAGGACUCUUUUUGGAGUCAAUUCGCCUAGGAAAUUGAAGUAUUUGCAAAAUUUAGGUGUACCGUAUUUUUUAGAAGUAGGUAGAAAAGAAAAUGGUAAUGAGAGAAGUGCAGACAUUCAGUAGAUGUAAAUUGUAUGUGUUGAAGAUGGAAAAACAUGCAUGUAAACCCUUUAAGCUUAAUUUAUUGUUGUAAUUAAUAGGCGUACUUAAAUAAAUUAUUGUGAACUGGAUGAAAUAUAGA